AUGAAUGCAAGCCUUGGCAGCAGCCCCUCAUACACUUGGCGAAGUAUUUUCCAAAGUCUUGAAGUCAUUAAGAGCGGAACCCGUUGGAGAGUUGGAAAUGGGCAUUUAAUUCACAUUUGGGAAGACAAGUGGCUCCCUACUCCUUCCACAUUCAAAGUUAUCUCCCCUCCAAAAGAAUUUGGAGAUUUCCCCAUGGUUUCCUCUCUCAUUGACCAAGAGACUAAGUGGUGGAAGCCUAAUGUGGUAAGGAUGCUCUUCUUGCCUUUUGAGGCGGAUACUAUACUUAAAAUACCCCUAAGUCAAAAUCUGCCAGCGGAUUCCCUUAUCUGGAUUGGGAAUAAAAGAGGGGUGUUCACUGUCAAAAGUGCAUACUUCAUUGCUGCUAAGCUCCAGGCGGAUAAGGAUUUGGGGGAAUGCUCCUCAGGGGAUUCAAAUAGUAUCAUUUGGAAGAAACUAUGGAAAUUGAAGCUCCCUCCAAAGGUUAAGAUUUUCUCUUGGAGAGCUUGUGUAAAUGGCCUUCCAGUGUUUCUGAAAAUGGCGGAAAGAGGAAUUCAUUUGGGCUGUGACUGUCCUGCCUGUGGGGAAGAAGUUGAAAGUCUCACUCAUACGUUAAUCUUGUGUGAUUUUGCUCUCUCUGUAUGGUCUCUAUGGCAAGACUGCCCUCUGAUGUUGCUUGUUAAUGCUACAAAUUUCAUUGAUGUAGUGCAUAAUUUCUGUACAAGGCCCAAUGUUGAGCACUUAGAAUAUUUUUUUGCUAUUGCUUGGGCAAUUUGGCACAAUCGGAAUUUGUUAGUGCAUAAUGAGAAGGAUCUCUCUCCUCUACAGGUUUGGGAUUUGGCGAGAAGUGUUCUAGAAGAUUUUCAUGAAGCCAACGAUGCUCUCUGUUCUACAAAGCAAAGUUCAAAUGAUGGCUGGAUGGCCCCUCCGCCUGGGUUUUUCAAGGUGAAUGUAGAUGGCGCGUCGCCUUUAGAUGGCAAAGGCAUCUCCGGGGUUGGUGCAAUUGUUCGUAACGACGAAGGCAAAGUUGUCGCGGCGCUGUGCAAGGCUCUGCCUUUGUGUUUUCCAGCAGAAUGGGCCGAGCUCUUUGCUUUGGAGCAAGGCGUCCUUUUGGCUCAACAGCUGGCCAUCUCCAACGUUGUAUUUGAAUCAGAUGCUGCUUCUGUGAUUCAAGCUAUUUUGCAGGAUCUUUGUGGAGGUGUAGCUGGUCAUAUAAUUCAAGGAAUUCAGAGAGCAAAAUCUUCUUUUGCUAGCUGCUCCUUCAGUCACGUGAAAAGGGCUCAUAACGGGGCUGCUCAUAAGCUUGCCCAGUUUGCAAAAUGGAAUAAUGCUAGUCAUGUAUGGAAAGAUAAUUUUCCGUUGUUUUUAGACUCCCUGCUUCAGUCAGACUAUGGCUGA